CAAUAUUCCUCCACAUUGAAACUAGUGGAAUGAAUCAGAUGCACCAAUGUCGCCAUUUUGCCAAUAAAUAAAAAAUAAAGCACGCGAUUCUCUCCUCUCUCUUGUUCCUCACGGAUCGAGUCCUCCCAUGAAUAUCCAUGUCCCUCUUCCUCCAAAUCCAAACCCUAGCAAUCCCUUCUGCGCCCUAUAGCCUCUGUCUGCCACCAAUCCCUCGAGAUGACCGGCUUGGAGGUACGCUUCCACGCCUCCAUCCUUCCCCCCAUCCGUCUCCACGACGAACCUUCCUCUCCGCCCCUCGUCGCCGGAGGAGGAGGCCUUUUCAUUGAGUCCUGUUCCCCUGAUUCAUCACCCAAGUUGCCAUUUAGAUUUCGUGGAAAGACAGCUCCUGCGGCUCGGAUCAGCUGGGGGAGCGCCGAUGGCGACGGUUUCCUUUCGAUGAGCUUCUCUGUCAAAGGAAGCCAAGUUUUUAUGCGGAACCCUGCGGGUUUGUUGGGGAAGGAGGAGGUAAGGAGGUCGGAGGAGGCAGCAUUGGAAGGGAAAGAGGACGGCGGAUUGGUGGUUUUGGAGGAGGAGAAGAGCAGAAAUAAAAAUAAGAAUAGACAUAGUCGGGUGAGAGGGCCUGGAGCUGGUGCUAUGAACACUACCAAACAUCUUUGGGCUGGAGCUGUCGCAGCAAUGGUUUCAAGAACCUUUGUUGCUCCACUUGAGAGGCUAAAGUUGGAAUAUAUUGUUCGUGGUGAGCAGAGCAAUCUUUUUGCACUUGUUCAUAAAAUUGCAACAAGACAAGGACUCAGAGGUUUUUGGAAAGGAAAUUUUGUCAACAUUCUUCGCACUGCACCUUUUAAGGCCAUUAAUUUCUAUGCAUAUGAUACAUAUAGAAAGCAGCUCCUUAAACUAUCUGGAAAUGAAGAAACCACAAAUUUUGAAAGAUUCAUUGCUGGUGCAGCAGCUGGCAUUACUGCAACUAUACUUUGCAUACCGAUGGACACGAUACGAACCAAGAUGGUAGCACCUGGUGGAGAAGCUUUAGGAAGUGUUAUAGGUGUCUUUCACCAUAUGAUUCAGACAGAAGGUUUCUUUUCUCUCUACAAGGGACUGGUGCCAUCUCUCAUUAGCAUGGCUCCUUCAGGAGCUGUUUUUUAUGGUGUAUAUGACAUACUAAAGUCAGGCUACCUGCAUUCACCUCAAGGGAGGAAGAGGUUGGAUAUAAUGAGAAAACAAGAAGGUGAAGAUGUGGGUGUUCUGGAUCAGCUAGAAUUGGGACCCAUGAGGACGCUAUUAUAUGGGGCCAUAGCUGGUGCUUGCGCUGAAGCUACUACAUAUCCAUUUGAAGUAGUCAGACGGCAGUUGCAAAUGCAGGUUCAGGCAAACAAAUUGAAUGCUUUUGCUACAUUUAUGAAAAUUGUUGAUCAAGGUGGUGUGCCUGCACUGUAUGCUGGUUUGAUUCCAAGCCUGUUACAGGUUCUUCCAUCUGCUUCCAUCAGUUAUUUUGUGUAUGAGUUCGUGAAGAUAGUUCUGAAGGUGGAAUGAUAACUAAUUGCUCUCAAAUUUGUUGAUUUGACCUCUAAAACCUCUAGUGAAGUUUCAGUACCUCAUUAUGGCCUUGAUGAGAUUCAUUGACAAGUUAUACAUUUAUCCUACAGUCGAAAUUUUUAUCCUCAAGUAAUCUAGGUGAGGCUAUAUCACACUAUGUUCACAAUUGUUUUUUUUUUUUACAUGGUAUGGAAAUGGAACUGAACAAUUUCAAUGCCUUGGUGAUGCAAACGGUAUGUGCAUUCUAUAAUUUCUUUACCUACGGGUUCUCUUUCCCGGUUGUUUAAUAAAAAUUGUUGUUUUUGAUUAAAA